CUGAAGUUGAAAAGUUAUAAAAACUAAAAAAAAUCCGCUGCAAAACUUUUUCAAUGUAACCACAAUGACGAUUCUGACGUGGGCACUUCUCCUGGUAUUGGUCGGGACUGUACAGGGCUGCUGCCCCCCUCCUCAGUUGGAGGGAAUCGCCGUCGGUGGAGGAGUAACGGUUACAAAAUCCAUCUUUAACCCGUAUUCUGGUUAUUCCAAGAUAUACCACGAUGAGGUUAAGCGAAAGUUUGCCAGUGAUGUUUACAUAACGUCUGAGAAGGGUGGGUCCAUGACCUUAUUCGUCCUUGAAGAUUACGCUGGUGGCAAAAGGUACAUGGUUCUUAAUGGAACAUGUAGGGUAGCUCCGCUGAAGGGAGACUUUAAUCGAGAACUGUGCGUUUCUCCGUCAAAUUACAAGGACAAGAUGGUUCUGGGACUGGGAAAUGAAACAAUCCAAAUGGACCUAUACAGCGUGAACUACUCUAUGUCUAAGCCGGACUUCGACAUCACAGGGGAUGCCAUGGUUUUUCCUCUGACAGAACAACGUUGCGUUCUACAAUCAGAAAUGAUCGUGGCUAAGAAAGGGUCGAAAUUCGUUGCGAGGGAGUCAAAAAUUCUCUACAAUACAACGGACAGUAUCUCCAAUUCCUCAAUUUUUGACAUCCCCAAGGAAUGCCAGAAUAAUACACAACUGAAAUUUGUACCUCAUUUUCACGUACAGUUACAAGACUUUAAAAUAAGAAUUUAGAUCUUAAUUACAUGGGCUUAAAUUGAAAAUAUAUAUGUUGGCAUGUUUUACAAUUGGCAUUUAUUUGCUUAUUUAUUAGUGCUUAUUCAGUGAAACGUUUUGAAAAGAUUUGAAAAAAUGAGACGAAUGCUCCGUGAUCUUAGAUGAAUUAUAUUAAGACAACCUUUUGUCUAUAUAUCAUAUACUACAUGUAUUUUCUAAAGAUUAUAAUUAUCAGCGAUGUACAAUAUACUGACUACGAUAUUGACUAAAUGCUAGCAUACGAAUGUAAGCUUUUUACAUAAUUGUGAAUAUUCUGGUAUAUUUAAAAAUCACAUUUUGGUUUCCUGGUGUAAGGUAGGGCCUGAGCAACCGUUCUCAAUCGCACUCUGUUUUGAGCAGCCUUUUCAGUUUUUCCCCAGCUAUGUCCACACUGUCUGAUUUCCCCUUCAUAUGACUUGAGAUAAGUUGUCCUUGGACGCCCAACUCGACGUUUGAUUAAAAACAUUAUAUAUACAUAUUUAUUUAUUUAAUAGCUGAUUACAACGAAUACUAGUAUUUCUCGAUCUGAAUAAAAUGAACAAAGAGAACAAAUACAUAAAAGGGUAUAAAAUGCAGACCAUUGGAAAUUCUCAGGGUAGGAUCGGGUGCCAAGAAGGAGUAAGCAUCCACUAUCUACCGGUCACGACCGCCGAAUGUCCGACAUGAUCAAGAUUAUAUUUCGUCGUCAAAACGAAUAUACAAACAAUGGCCUAACAUUUAGUAUGAAUCAAAUCAGUCAAACAUAAUGAUAGGUAAUAACUGCCAAUAUGGUCAUUAUAAACAACAUAGAAUUUAAGAAAUGAUGACUUAAAAAGAGGUAAUUGUUGAAUUCCUUGUCACAUCUGCUUCAUAGUUCUAUAUUGUCCAGACUCUUGACAAAUAUAUAAGCUAUAUGACAAACGAGUAAACUGGAUUUCCACCGUCAA